GCUUGACUUCGCGUGCUACUGCUGUACCUUACCUGCCGCCUCCCAUCCUUCGUACACCCCCUUCACCACCGUGCGACACCUAUCCCGAAGCCCAUCUUCCCCCGGAUUCGCCCUUCGUCUUCCCCCUCCCGGGCGGUACUGCCCCCCUUUCGACGUCCCCGUCUUUUCACGGCUUCUCUACGCUUGCGCGAAUUCCCCGAAGCGCCCCCGCAACUACAAACUAUAGCCCUGAUCGACAACGCUGCGCGUUCCGACGUCACCGGCACGAUCCGUACCAGGGGCCUGAGAGGGUUCACUGCUAAGACGACUUCGCACUUUGUAUCUGCGCUGGCUGCCUAUACUACAUAAUGAAGUUUUCCGUAUCUGCGCUUGUUGCGCUGGGCGCACUGGCAUCGAGCGUCCAGGCCAUUGACCUGAAUCCAGAUGACGUCCAGUCAAUCAAAAAGGCCGCCUCAAUCGCAGCCAAGGGCCUCCGAAAAUGGUACACCGGCGACCGACCAGGCGACACACCGGGCAACCUUCCAGAUCCCUAUUACUGGUGGGAGGCCGGCGCCAUGUUCGGCGCCUUCAUCGACUACUGGUACUACACGGGCGACACCACAUACAACGCCAUAACGAAACAAGCCUUGAUCCACCAGAUCGGCGACUACCAGGCCUUCAUGCCGCCGAACCAGACCAGGACGCUGGGUAACGAUGACCAGGCCUUCUGGGGCAUGGCCGCCCUGACCGCCGCAGAGGACAAAUUCCCGGAUCCGGCAGAGGGUGAGGCGCCGUCGUGGUUGUCUCUCGCGCAGGCCGUGUUUAACACGCAGCAACGACGUUGGGACAACGCGACUUGCGGCGGUGGACUGAAGUGGCAGAUCUUCCCCUUCAACAACGGAUACAACUACAAAAACACCAUCUCCAACGGGUGCUUCUUCAACAUUGCCGCCCGGCUGGCCAAGUAUACGGGGAACGAGACGUACAGUACAUGGGCCGAGAGGGCGUGGAACUGGGAGCGGGCGAUUGGCCUCAUGAGUCCGGAGUACUACUUCUACGACGGGACCGACGACCGCAAAAACUGCAGCGAAGUCGACCAUCACCAGUGGACAUAUAACGCUGGCGUGCAUAUGGCCGGCGCGGCCGCCAUGUGGAACUUGACCCAGUCGGACCCCUCGCGCGAACGCCUCUGGCGCGAACGCCUCGCGGGCGUCAUCAAAUCGAUCGACAUCUUCUUCCACAGGGAAGUCAAGGACGUCAUGGUGGAAGUGGCCUGCGAAUUCAACAACAAGUGCAACAACGACCAACGCUCCUUCAAGGCCUACCUCUCGCGCUGGAUGGGCUACACGAUGCAAGUCGCGCCCUGGACCGUUGGGGACCUCAUGCCCAAGCUGCGCACCUCGGCCGUCGCCGCCGCCAAGCAGUGCAACGCCGAGGGCGAGGCGCAGACGUGCGGACUCCGCUGGUACACGAACGGGCAGAACGACGGCUCCUUUGGGCCCGGCGAGCAGAUGUCCGCCAUGGAGGUCUUUCAGAAUCUGCUCAUCAAGGAGGUCCCCGGGCCCGUGACUCUGAAUAACGGCGGCAUCUCCAAGAGCAAUCCCGAGGCCGGCAGCGAGGAACAGCAUCUGCCGACUAAUCUUGAUGAUGUCACGACGGGGGAUAAAGCGGGCGCGGGUAUCCUGACGACGGUUGUGUUGGUGGGCAUUUUGGGCGGCGCGUGGUGGAUGGUUUCGUAGAUUUUGUGGAGGGUUUUGUUGGUUGAGGCGAUGGUAGGGAGAGGAGGGAAGGAAUGGAGGCGACGAGGUGUAUCAUAAUCUUUUCCAUUGGGCUAUCUCAGUUUUGUUAUUUUUUUUUCCCCUCUCACCUCCGCAAGG